GGCCGGACUGGCGUGCGCGUGGUCCCGGGCGGGGACCCCCCGCCCCAGUGGAUGGUGGAUGACACUGAGGCUUGAGUGGACCCAGGGAGGGCCAUGAAGGUGCUGCUCUUCACUGGGCUGGGAGCCCUAUUCUUCACCUAUUAUUGGGCUGACAACUUCGACCCAGCUAGCCUCCAUGGAGCCUGUGUGCGGCUGACAAGGGCCAGUGCAGGCGUUGGGAAAGAGCUGGCAUAUCACUAUGCCCGUCUGGGCUCUCACUUGGUGCUCACUGCCUACACUGAGGCUCUCCUGCAGAAGGUGGUGGGUGGAUUUAGGAAGCUGGGUGCUCCCAAGGUCUUCUACAUCGCUGCGGACAUGGCCUCCCAUGAAGUGCCUGAGCACAGGGUGCAGUUUGCGCUGGACAAGCUGGGCGGGCUGGACUACCUCGUGCUGAACCACCUUGGUGCUGCCCCAGCAGGCACAUGGACCCGCAGUGUCCACAGGACUAGCUGGCUCAUGCAGGUGAACUUCCUGAGUUACAUGCAACAUUCCUUGGCUCUGCCCAGUCUGAUGGACAGCAAGGGCUCUCUGGUGGUGGUAUCCUCACUGCCCAGCCGCGUGCCCACGUCCUUCUCCAACCCUUACUCGGCAGCCAAAUUCACACUGGAUAGUUUCUUUGGCUCCCUGCAGCGGGAGCUGGAUGUGCAGAAUGUGAAUGUGGCCAUCACCAUGUGCAUCCUGGGCCUCAGAGAUCACGCCUCAGCUGCUGAGGGAGUCAGGGAUGUCACAAGGGUCAAGGCAACCCUGGGGCCCAAGGCAGCCCUGGUUGUGAUUUGUGGCGGUGCCACGCGUGUCUUCCAUGUCUUCUGCCCGUGGCGCUUCCACAUGCUCUGCCUUCUUCAGACCUGGUUGCCUCACUCAAAGGCCUGGUUCAUUCACCAGGAGCUCAGUGUCACUGCCACUGCUGCUGCCUGAGCUCCUGGGGUGGAGCCCCUUCAUCUUCUGGAGGGGAACCCUUCUUCUUGCCUUCCCGAAGGCAGGACACAAACAGAGGCAUCUCUAAGAGGGUGGCCACAACCCAAGAUAGUGUCAUCAACACAGGAAAAGAAAACUGAGACAAACUAC